GCUGUGGUUAGCUCAAUGUAUAAACUGAAAAAUAAACAGAUUGAAUGUGCUUGCAUUGAAUUCUAUUUGAAUUUACGGUUACUCAAUUUGCUUAAGCAAAAUCGAGCUAUUUAUUCUGGCUCUUCAAAGCUGCUGAUGCAAAGUGUUCGGCAAAUGCCGCCUUUGCAUUGCACCAAUUCUGAUGAAUAUAACCUUGCAUCAAUGCAAUCGAGUGUUCCAUUGAUUGUUCAAAAGCAAUAUUUUUGCUCUGCUAGUGCAAAACGUGCAUUCAAAAGCCAAGUUGAUAAGCACGAAUUCAAGGCUGAAACACGAAUGUUGUUGGAUAUAGUCGCCCGAUCACUAUACUCGGAAAGUGAAGUAUUUGUGCGUGAACUAGUAUCAAAUGCUAGUGAUGCCUUGGAAAAAUUUCGUUAUUCCAUUCAAACGGCUGGCGGAGAUCAAAGCAAAUAUGAAAAUAUCGAUAGGCCCCUUGAAAUUAAUUUGGAAACAAAUAAACAAGCAUUAACAUUGACAAUCAAAGAUAAUGGAAUAGGCAUGACUCGAGAGGAAUUAAUCAGCCAUUUGGGAACAAUUGCUCGCAGUGGUUCAAAACAAUUUUUGGAUGAAAUUCAAAAAUCUGGUAAUACCAGCGACAAUGCUUCAAAUAUCAUUGGUCAAUUUGGCGUUGGUUUCUAUUCCGCUUUUAUGGUUGCCAAUAAAGUUGAAGUUUUUACAAAGUCAGCAAAACCAGGAUCAUCUGGUUUGAAAUGGACAUCAGAUGGCACAGGAACAUAUGAAAUUGAAGAUAUCGACGAUGCUGAGAUUGGCACCAAAAUCGUUUUACACUUGAAAGCAGAAUGUCGCGAAUAUGCCGAUGAGGAUCGAAUCAAAACUGUCAUCAAAAAAUACAGUAAUUUCGUAGGCCAUCCAGUUUAUUUGAAUAAAGAACAAGUGAAUGAAUUGCAACCACUUUGGUUGAUGGAUCCGAAGAACAUAACAACCGAUCAAUACGAUGAUUUCUAUCGUUUUGUUUCAAAUACGUAUUUAAAGCCGCGUUUCACUUUACAUUAUAAAACAGACGUUCCAAUAAGUAUUCGGGCAUUGUUGUAUUUUCCAUCGUCAAAACCAAAUUUGAUGGAGUUAUCACAAUCUACUGAGGCUGGAUUAGCACUGUAUACACGUAAAAUUUUGAUUCAAUCAAAGGUUGACAAACUCUUGCCAAAAUGGCUUCGAUUCGUGAAAGGUGUAGUUGAUUCGGAGGACAUUCCAUUGAACUUGAGUCGUGAACUUCUGCAAAAUAGUGCACUAAUCGCAAAAUUACGAAAUGUAUUAACUUCCCGUAUUUUGCGGCAUCUACAAGAAUGUGCGAAAAAAGAGCCAACUGGAUUCGAAGAAUUCUACAAUGAUUAUAAUUUAUUCUUGAAAGAAGGAAUCAUAAUAUCAGACGACAUAAAACAACGCGAAGAAAUUGGAAAACUACUGCGAUACAAUUCAAAUCGUGUAGAAAAUAAGAAUCAAAAGAUUUCAUUGAUGGAUUACUGUGCACGAAUGGAACCAGACCAAAAAGUGAUUUACUAUUUGGCCGCACCAAAUCGCGAAUUAGCUGAAAGUUCACCAUAUUUUGAAGCAUUAAAAUCAAAAAAUAUCGAAGUAUUAUUUUGUUAUGAUCCAUAUGAUGAAUUGGUGUUCUCAUAUCUGAAAACAUUUGCUGGCAAAGAUAUUAUUUCGGUUGAAAAGGAAAUGCGUGCCGAUACAAAUGAAACGGAUCUAAGUAAUUUUUUGGGCGAAGAUAGUUUGCAACGUUCACAAGUUAAUGAGUUAACAGAUUGGAUUCAAAAACAAUUAGAGGGAAAAGUGUCCACUGUUAAAGUUACCACACGUUUGGUUGAACAUCCAUGUGUGAUUACAGUUGAAAAUAUGGCUGAUGCUCGUCAUUUCAUUCGAUCGCAAGGCCAUCAAAUUCCUGAAGAAAAUAGAUAUGCUAUCUUGCAACCGCAAUUGGAAAUUAAUCCAAAGCAUCCAAUUAUUAAAAAGUUGUUCCAAUUGAAAGAUUCAAAUCCAGAGCUCAGUCAACUUUUGAUCAAUCAAUUGUUUGGAAAUGCAAUGCUUGGUGCUCGACUAAUUGAAGAUGCACAAAGCCUCGUCAAAUCUAUCAACGAAUUAUUGACAAAAGCACUAGAAAAACACUAGUAUGUACAUUUUUGGUAGAAAAAAAGUGAAUAAAAUAUCAUUGUUAUAGUAUAUAUGUAUGAAGUAAAUUAUGAAUGAAAACGGCAAAUAUACUGAGUUCUGAGCUUAUAAA